GUAGCCCAAUUACUUUCUUUUGAUUAGGAAGAAGUCUCUGCAGCGAUGUCGGAGACCGCUCCCGCCGCCGCUCCCGCCGUCGCGGCCCCCGCCGCCAAGGCCGCCGCCAAGAAGCCGAAGAAGGCGGCGAGCGGCUCCAAAGCCCGCAAGCCCGCGGGGCCCAGCGUCACCGAGCUGAUCACCAAGGCCGUGUCCGCCUCCAAGGAGCGCAAGGGGCUCUCGCUCGCCGCGCUCAAGAAGGCGCUGGCCGCCGGCGGCUACGAUGUGGAGAAGAACAACAGCCGCAUCAAGCUGGGGCUCAAGAGCCUCGUCAGCAAGGGCACCCUGGUGCAGACCAAGGGCACCGGCGCCUCCGGCUCCUUCCGCCUGAGCAAGAAACCCGGAGAAGUGAAGGAAAAAGCUCCGAAAAAGAGAGCAGCUGCAGCCAAGCCCAAGAAGCCGGCGGCCAAGAAGCCCGCCAGCGCCGCCAAGAAGCCCAAGAAGGCGGCAGCGGUGAAGAAGAGCCCCAAAAAAGCCAAGAAGCCGGCGGCCGCCGCAGCUAAGAAGGCAGCCAAGAGCCCCAAGAAGGCGACAAAGGCCGCCAAGCCCAAAAAAGCGGCUGCAGCAGCCAAGAGCCCGGCUAAGGCGAAGGCGGUGAAGCCCAAAGCGGCCAAGCCCAAGGCGGCCAAGCCGAAAGCAGCCAAGGCAAAGAAGGCAGCGCCGAAGAAAUGAAGUGUUGAAGUGGAAAUACUUUUAAACCCAACGGCUCUUUUAAGAGCCACCCACUAUUGUCCCCAAAAGGGCUGAAACACUCCGUCACUGAGCUCCGUGCCUGCAGCAGAACCAAAUAUUCGCCACUAACCGUGUCGGACGAUCGUCUGUGGAGUGGAUGGGACGCUAAACUUCCGGCCCUGGUUUUACACUAAGACUUGGAGAAAUAAAAGUUUACAUUCCCGGCGAAAA